AUGUGUUUAUCAUUUGACUCCGAAUGGCAGAGAACGGACUGCGAGGACAAGGGGGCGGAGCUCUCCUUCCAAGGAGCCGAAUUGCAGAGGCAACCAUUGAAGAUGGACCAGGAGGGGAGGACGGACGGCGGUGCGACUUCUGCCGCCAAUCUUAUGGUGCCCUCAGAACUACCAACAGCAGACCUGAUCGAAGCAUACUCUGGCGACAAAGUGGAUACCUUCGACCAGGACAGCCGCAGGGGUGACACCUCUCCCCCCACCAACCCACAAAAGCAGCAAACGCACCGAAACCCGGACAAGCACCCGUGCCGCUUCUGUCCUUACUCAUGCUCUUCCGCAGCGGCUAUCGCCAUCCACGAGAGGACUCACACUGGCGAGAGGCCCUUCAGUUGCGAUGUUUGCGAGAAAACGUUCACGCAUAAGGCUACCUUGAAGGCUCACGUUAGAACUCACACCGGAGAGAAGCCGUUCAAGUGCAACACGUGCAGCAGAGCGUUUACUCAGAAAGGCAGUUUGGCGAAUCAUGAGAAAACUCAUACCGGAGAGAAGCCAUACAAGUGCAACACGUGCAGCUGGGCGUUUAGUCAUAAAUGCAACUUGGCGGAUCACGAAAGAAUUCAUACAGGAGAGAAGCCGUUCAAGUGCAACACGUGCAGCAGGGCGUUUACUCAGAAAACCAGCUUGGCGAAUCAUGAGAAAACUCAUACCGGAGAGAAGCCUUACAAGUGCAACACGUGCAGCAGGGCGUUUAGUCAUAAAUGCAACUUGGCGGAUCACGAAAGAAUUCAUACAGGAGAGAAGCCGUUCAAGUGCAGCACGUGCAGCAGGGCGUUUACUCAGAAAACCAGCUUGGCGAAUCAUGAGAGAACUCAUACCGGAGAGAAGCCGUACAAGUGCAACACGUGCAGCAAGGCGUUUAGUCAUAAAUGCAGCUUGGCGAAUCAUGAGAGGACUCGCACCGGAGAAAAGCCGUUCGAGUGCGAGAUCUGCAGUAGAGCGUUUGCGGCUUAUAGCAAUUUACAGAAUCAUCGGAAGAUACAUCGCAAGUGAUCGAAACCCUCACUUGCAUCAUAGUUGUGGAGGGGGUUUAAACGAAAUACUCAAGCUCCGACGUGUGUUCAUUUCAUUUGGUGAUACACCUGCAGGGGUUCCACUUGCGAGCAGUGUGUGUUUCGCAUGGUUCAAAAUGUUUCCGCCUUUUAUCGCGCAAACACAGAAAAAAAUGUGAAUUUACCUUAGACGAAGCGAACAGUGUUCUUUUUUGUACACGAAAAAAAAAAUACUUGAAACCUUAUCUUUUUUAUUCAUUUAGAGUCAUUAAUCACGUGAUGCACCUGGAGUCUCUGGGUUUUCUGUAGGGUCACUUACGUUACUUGCAAGUCGGCCGACUCAUGACCAUAAGUAUACGAACAAAGUAUAACAAACACCGAGUAAUGUGGAGGGGUCAACAUAAUUUUAAGAUGUAAAAAUUAAACAAUAUUC